CAGACCGAGCGGCGUAUGACAUCACAGUACCACGAGAGUGAUCGGUCUGCGCAGCGCCGCCUACGGUCGAAGACACAUGCAUAUUUCACACAUCACAUCAGCAGCUGUUCCGAGUGUAUUACAAAACUCAUUGUCAAAGCAGAGUCAGUUUCAGAAGCUGGAAACUGUAGUUACUGUUCACUUCAUCCAAGGCAGUAUCAUCUGAAGUCAAAGAUGAAGAAAGUGGUGUGUUUGAGUCUGUGGGGAGGUGUUGUGACCCCUCAACUAUCCCAGAGUUUUCAGAAAUUUGAAGAAAAGUUUGAUAUUUUAAGGGGUUUCAUAAAUAAAGUCAUUGUUGGCAGUGAUAAUGCUCUGUAUCGAGCUGAGAGAGGAAAGAUAACUUUAACUCAGAUGAUUCCUGAGUUUGAAGCUGAAUGUCAGAAGGUGGCAUCUGAACAGGGUUUGUCUUUACCAGGCCAGUUCUCCAUUCAGAAGCUUUUGGAUGAAAUUAGGCAGGUUGAAUUUAAUAAGCAAAUCCUUGAUGCUGCAGCCGUCCUCCGUCAUCAUGGCAUUGCCACAUGUGUCCUAGCCAAUAUCUGGGUUGAUGACACCGAUCAGAGAGAGAGCACCGCAAGGAUCAUCUCUGUCUUAGAGAGUCACUUUGACCUGGUUGUGCGAUCCUGCAAUGUCGGUGCCCGAAUCCCUGAGUCGGAUAUUUUCAACAAUGCACUCAAGAAACUUGCUGUAAAACCUCAAGAAGUCGUCUGGUUGGAUGUUGCUGAAGAAAGUAUUAAGACAGCUGAAGGUUUGGGAAUGACUGCUGUUCAGAUCAAUGACAUCACUGAGACUCUUCAGGGAAUCCAGAAGCUUACAGGAAUAGAGGUCACCGGUGAUCUCCAACCGCAGAUCUGUGAUCCUGAAAAUGUCUCCCAUGGAUAUGUAAAUAUUAAGCCUGGCGUGAAGAUCCACUACGUUGAAAUGGGAGAAGGGCCACCUGUUCUCCUUUGCCAUGGAUUCCCUGAGAGUUGGUUCUCAUGGAGGUAUCAGAUUCCUGCUCUGGCCGCGGCUGGAUUCAGAGUUCUGGCUCCUGACAUGAAGGGUUACGGGGACUCGACUGCACCUAAAGAUAUUGAGGAGUACUCUCAAGAACAGAUCAUGCUGGAUCUGGUGACUUUUCUGGAUAAGAUGGGAAUCGCUCAGGUGACAUUGGUGGGUCAUGAUUGGGGUGGUUCUCUGGUUUGGAACAUGGCUCAGUAUCACCCUGAGAGAGUCAGGGCUGUGGCAUCUCUCAACACACCGCUGUUUCCUGUGGAUCCAAACACAAACCCACUGGAGAAACUGAAGGCCAUACCGAUCUUUGAUUAUCAGCUCUACUUUCAGAAACCUGAUGUUGCCGAGGCCGAACUGGAGAAAAACCUGGAGCGAACUUUCAAACUGAUGUUCUUUGCAAGUUAUGAGGCUGGUAAACGUCCCGAGUUUAACAGCGCUGGGGUCUGCCAGAGAGGUGGAUUAUUUGUAGGGUUACCCGAUGAUCCUCCCCGCAGUGCUAUUUUGAGCGAGUCUGCUCUGCAAUAUUACGUUCAACAGUACUCCAAAAAUGGCUUCAGGGGUCCUCUGAACUGGUACCGUAAUGGGGAGAGGAACUGGCGUUGGAUGUGUUCCAGGCCAAGGGGCAAGGUUAUGAUGCCAGCUUUAAUGGUGACCGCUGGAAAGGAUCCUGUACUUCUGCCAGUCUUUACCACAGGCAUGGAGAAACUGGUCCCCAAUCUCACCAGAAAACAAAUUGAUGAAUGUGGACACUGGACUCAAAUGGAAAGACCUGCAGAGCUGAAUACAAUCCUCAUCACCUGGCUUAAGGAAUCGCAUCAGAAAGCCUCCAUCCCUGUUCAUCCAAAGUUAUGAAAUGAUCUGGAUAAACCAGCUUAGUUAAAAGCAUACUAAUAUCCUAGCUUGCUGAAUAUAUAAGUUGUCAUUUAUUACUUAAGAGGAAUUAAAUGAAGCUUUUUCAAUGAAGUUUUUUAUAAUACUUUUCAAUAUCAAAGCACAGCUCUCACUUUUGCGAUUGUAACAUGAACUAACAUUUUUAAUAAAUGGUUUGAAGGA